AUGAUAGCCGUAGUUUUUCCAAAUAAAUCACAUUUAAUUGAUGAUCGAGCAGUUAAAAUCAUUGUUUUUUCUAUUUAUCCGAUAGCAAUUCUUCUUUCGUUAUUUGCCGAUUAUGUUUUGCCCUGUUGUCGUACAAAUUAUUCGUACAAAACAUACUCUUACCAAUUUUUUGUUUGGAAUGAAUCAACUACAAAUUAUAAAAAUAUGAUAAUGGAUUUACCUAUGAAUAUAAUUACAACUACAAUAAUUUUUAUAUGUUAUGGAGCUAUAUUUACAAAAGUAAUUAAAACUAAUCGUAAAAAUGUUAUUCAAAUGCCUUCAAAUACGGAAUUCAAGAAAAGUAAACGUAAAAGUGAACUAAAAUGCGCAGCACAUUUUGCUUUAAUUUCUACUUUUUAUAUAGCUGUAUGGGUAUCGUAUAGAAUAUUUCCAUUAAUUGUUUCAUCAUCUACUCCUGAAUGGUAUUCCUUAACUGGAUUUUUUAUGAUUUUAAAUAUAUCUUCUAAUGCCAUAAUUUAUUUUACAAUGAAUAAAGAAGUCCAAAAACAAUUAAUUAUCUCUGCUUAUACUUUAUUUGGUUUGCCAACCACAACUUUAACAAAUCCUUCAAACAAUUUAAUAAAUAAUAAUAGAAAUAAUAAUCUGCAAGAAAGAUGGGCUAAUCAAAGACCAACACAGCUUCAACCUGUGAAUAAAAUUGUUAGAUAAUGUAAACUAUGAUUCCCGACUCUAGUCCUGUUUGCAAGCGGUACACCUCAACUGAGUCACCUCCUAUCCUCCAAAAUCCUUUGAUAUCCUUUCUAAUUUCCAAAUUCACAAUAUACCUCUUACUCCUAUCGAUAACCACCCUAAUCCACUGAUAUCCCCCAAAUCACUUAAAAUCCUCUUAUAUCCUUCCAUAUUCGUCGCUAUCCUUCUUGAUCCCACGAUGACACGUACAUGU